AUGGUUGUAACGACGCGGUCUAAGAAACGCGUUAGCGAUGAUACCUUCGAUACGACGACGACAACAACGACGACGAAACGCCCGAGACUCGAAGAGAAGACCGACUUGACACGAUGGCGUAUGCUAGACGAGAAGGGGAGACAUACUUGGCAUUACUUAGAAGACGACGAGGCUAUAGAGAAGUGGCCGCAGAGUUAUGCUGAUAGGUGGUAUCUUGGAUUGGACACUGGACUCCCCACUCUACCAAAGCCAAACAAACCCCUCGAUUCCGUCGUCAACGGCUUGACGUUCUUUGAGAAGCUUCAAUUACCUUCCGGCCAGUGGGGUUGCGAAUAUGGAGGGCCCAUGUUCUUAUUACCGGGUAUCGUGUUUACCUGGUAUGUGACGAAGACGCCGAUCCCGUGGUAUACCGCGACGGAGAUAAAGAACUACUUAUUCGCCAGAGCAAACCCAGAAGAUGGAGGAUGGGGCUUGCAUAUAGAAGGAGAAAGCACUGUUUUCGGAACUGCGUUGAAUUAUACCGUCCUUCGUAUCAUCGGUCUCGAUCCCGAACAUCCGGUCAUGGUCAAGGCUCGAGGGACGCUACACAAACUUGGAGGAGCUACAUGCGCUCCCCAUUGGGCCAAGUUCUGGUUAAGCGUACUGGGUGUUUGUAAAUGGGAUAUCGUCAACCCUAUACCCUCGGAGCUGUGGCUACUACCUGACUGGGUGCCCUUUGCCCCUUGGAGGUGGUGGAUCCAUAUGCGCCAGGUCUUCUUACCUAUGGGCUACAUCUACGACAAGAAAUGGUCCUGCGAGGAGACCGAUAUCAUUCGGGCCUUGAGACAAGAGUUAUUCUUGGAACCAUGGGAGAAAAUCGACUGGGUCGGAAACAGAAAUAGUAUAUGUUCUGUCGACAACUACCAUCCAAAGUCCUGGCUUCUCAACACGGCCAACUGGUUCCUCGUUAAUAUUUGGAACCCGUACCUCCGUACAAAAGGGCUUGCUGACAAGGCCCAAAAUUGGGUCAGUAAAUUAAUCGAUAUGGAAGAUGAGAACACGGACUUCGCAGACUUGGCACCAGUGAACGCGGCGAUGAACACUGUCGUUUGCUACAUCCGCGACGGCCCAGGCGCCUACUCGGUCAGGAGACAUAUCGAAAGAUUAGAAGAUGCGCUGUGGGUCAAUAGCGAAGGCAUGCUUUGUAACGGCACCAACGGUGUUCAAUGCUGGGAUACCUCUUUUCUGAUACAGGUCACGACGGAUGCGGGGCUCGAGCAAGAUCCUCGCUGGAGACCGAUGUUAAAUAAGGCGUUGAUAUUUCUUGAUAACCAGCAGAUACGAGAGAACUGCAAAGACCAAGACCUCUGCUAUCGGCAGCAGCGGAAGGGUGCGUGGGCUUUCAGUACUAGGGACCAGGGAUAUGCCGUAUGCGACUGUGUUUCGGAGGCGUUGAAGUCGGUCAUCCUCCUACAACAUACUCCUGGCUACCCCCAGCUUCUUGAAGACCAACGCAUAUUUGACGCCGUCGAUACUCUUCUUACUUACCAGAACAAGUCUGGCGCUUGCUCGUCGUACGAGCCGACACGGGGGAGCGAGCUAAUGGAAAUGCUCAACGCGGCAGAGGUCUUUGGUAAGAUUAUGGUCGAAUACGAUUACGUCGAGUGUACGACAGCAGUAGUCACGGCGCUCUCCUUAUUCCAGAAGCACUGGCCCGACUAUCGGACCAAAGAGAUCAAGGGAUUUAUCAGACGAUCGGUCAAAGCAGUCAAGUCGUUCCAAAAACCAGACGGAUCGUGGUAUGGCAGCUGGGCCAUAUGCUAUACCUACGCGACCAUGUUUGCCCUAGAAAGCUUGAAAAGCAUCGGUGAAACUUAUGGCAAUAGCUCUUACUCGAAAAGAGGUUGUGAUUUCUUAAUUUCCAAGCAGAGGAAGGACGGGGGAUGGUCCGAAAGCUACCGCUCCUGCGAAAAAAUGGUAUACACCGAGCACUCAUCGGGAUCCCAGGUUGUGAUGACAGCAUGGGCCUUGAUAGGUCUCAUGAAAGCGGAUUACCCAGACAUCGAACCCCUGAGAAAGGGUGUCAAACUCAUCAUGGACAGACAACAACCAAACGGUGAAUGGAAACAAGAGGCGAUAGAGGGCGUGUUCAACAAGAGCUGUAUGAUUUCAUACCCGAACUACAAAUUCACCUUUACGAUGAAGGCCCUCGGAAUGUUUGUGACGAGGUACCCGAAUGAGAGGGGGAUAGCCACGAUGUCAUCCGCCGCCUUUGCCGACGCAGGUACCAAGGCCGUGGCCGCUGGCAAGUAUACAGAAGGAAUCGAGAAAUUAUCCCAGGCUCUCAAGGAGCGCCCAGCACCUCUUUGGCUACUCGAGCGCUCCAAGGCGUAUUUACGAACUAAUGAAUUUGACCUCGCAUUGCACGAUGCCGAGCAAGCUUUGCAAGUAGCCUUCUCGCGGGCUAAUCGAGACUAUAUGGCCGAGGCCCAGAUUAGACGAGCUAUCACCCUCUUCCGCAUGGGUCGCUAUGCAGACGCUGAUAUCUGUGCGUUCUGGGCUAUCAGACUGCUCGAGCAAUCCAAGGCUACCGAAGAUGACGGCCAGCAGAAUAAGGUUGACGAAAAUGGAGAUUAUGUCGUGCGUGCUAGUGAAAUUAAGAACGCCGAGAAAUCGGAUAAGGACCGACAAAUCGCUGCUGCUAUGGGUGGCGCGAGUAAUUCGAAAACCACUACCUUAAAAAAUCAGGCAACUUCGUGGCGUCUGCAGGCCUUGAAUAAGCUGGAGAACUUACCUGCCGGACAUGCCGGUUUGAAGCACGAUGCCGACCCUAGUAUGGUUCUAUCCGCAUCCGCGACAGGCCAAGGUCAUGAUGAAGGCGCAAAGCGUGACGCCUGGGAGAACGUCUGGAAGCAAUUUUCGACCGCCUUCGUGACAAAAAGUAUCAGAUCGAGCUUCUACCAGACGGACACUACCAUCAAUGUCGACUUCUUCGUAAAGAAUGUGCCCGCAGACCGCUUUGCCGUGUCUACCCAGCCUCGAAAAGUGGUUAUGGGACCAAUCUCAAAUACCGACUCUAGCCCCAACUCCCUCCAACUCCACCUCUGGGGCAGGGUUAAGCCUGCUGAAACCAAACACACAGUUAAAUCGAUGAAAAUCGAGCUAGUCCUCAAAAAGGAAACGCCAGGCAAAUGGCCCAUGCUGCAGCGGGAGGAUUCCGAUGGAUUUACUAACAUUGCGGGGAACACUAAGGCUACGUCGCCCUCUACGUACGCGAGCGCGAGCGGCGCGACUCAGCCCAACAGUAACCCCGCGCAAGCUAGCGAUCCUGUGCUUAAGCCUACUCCAAAUUCUAGCGAGGCAUAUUCGACGAAGACCGUCGGUAGCGCCCAAGCCUACCCUACUUCUUCGAAGAAGGGGGCAGUGAAUUGGGAUCGGAUCGGUGAUGAAGACGGAGGUGACGAACCCAAAGAGGAUGCCGAUGUUAACUCGUUCUUCCAGAAGCUCUACAAGGAUGCGGACGAUGACACGAGGCGUGCCAUGAUGAAGAGCUACGUCGAGAGCAACGGCACAUCGCUCAGCACAAGCUGGGCUGAGGCCAAGGGCAAGACGUACAAGACUCUGCCACCCGACGGCGCCGAAGCCAAAAAGUGGGAUGAGUGA